AUGCCCGGUGGAACUCACCUCACUCGGGUCCACGUUACAAGAAGUGAUUUCUCAAUACUGGCAAGCUACAUCAGAGUCAGAGAGCAGGUUGGCUCUGCAACAAAUCGAGGUCACCUCGCAAAAGCUGGCGCACUGCGCGAUGAUGGAGCCAAUACAGUCUUUGUCGCGUUUCAUCUCCAACCUCACAAGGUUCUCUGUGUUCGGUUGGCCGUCGAGAUGGGUCUUUUCGAUAGUUUGCCUCCCUCGGCACCCUUCACACUACAAGACUUGAUCGAAUAUGCAGGGGCAGACCCGGAAUUUACUGGUCGUGUUGACAGUCUCAUUAGAACUAUGUCCCUAUACGUUGCUUUCUUCAACACUACUAGUUUCGUGACCCCCUACGACCCAAUGAGCUCGCCAUACGCAUUUUCAGAGGGAGUCAAGAACAUCGACUUCUUCAUUAUACUAUAUCAGGAUCCCAAAGCUGCCAGAACUUUCAAUGAAGCCAGGACAACUUUCAAAGACCCAUUGGGAGAUUUUCAUAGCAUCAGCAGCCUGAACCCCGGGGAGGAUGGGAUUUUGUUGGUCGACAUUGCCGGAGGCAAUUGCCAAAGUGUCCAAAGUAUAAUCUCCACAAACCCCGAAAUUAAGGGCCGAUUCAUCCCCCAGUAUCUUCCAGUAGGGUGA